AUGGCGGCUUCGAUUAAUGUCGAUGGUGCAGAAGAGAACAGGGGAAAUGCGAAGAAAAUGGAAGAUUCGCUGAGAGAAAAAAUUGGUCUCUCAUUUGACAAAAAAUCUCAUUUUCUACUGAUAUCUCCCAGAAAUCAACUCUAUUUGGAAUUGAAGUGCUGCCUACAGGAGUACUUGAUGGAGUCGGCUUUGACAGAGUCCAGGAAAGAGUCUGAAUAUGAAGAGACGAAAACAAAGGGAAAGGUCGGGGGGUUUGACUUGCUUCCAGAUGACUUACUGUUAGAUAUCCUUAAAAGACUUCCUGAUAAUGUCCUUCGCUAUCAUUCUAAGAAAGUCUGCACACAAUGGUUUGAUAUAAUUACCAACAACAUAUUGCUAGAUCAUGCUUCUUUCAUCAUCCAAAGGCCAAUAGGAUGUUAUCCAUCACGCCAUGUUGAAAUAAGGGUAGAAGGAGAAGGUAUAGAAGUGAAAGAGCAUAGUCUUGACAUGCACUCCAUAGGCCCUAUAAAGUCUUGGUGUGAUGAGUUUAUUCUGAUAGUUGGUCCCUAUGGAGAAAAAUCUAUCAUCGCUUUCAAUAUAGUCAACAAGGUAGGAUCCAUACUUCCACCGUGUCAUGCACCUUGUAGAGGGCACUCUGAAAACAAAUGUGCAGUGGUACUAACCUUUGAUGCAAUCAAGGGAAUAUACAAAGUCUUGCACGUGUAUAUGGGCCCACCAAUACAAUGCCAUGUACUUGUCUUGGGCAAAGAUGUUGUCUCUGGCCUUUCUUCCUCAUAUUGGAAAAGGAUGGAGCUCCCUCCUAAAAUGGAGAUUUGGCAGGACUAUAAGGGAGAGCCGGUUUGUGUCCAAGCAAGGUACUUACAUUGGGAACUUUCUUCUGACUACAUGGUGUCCAUGGACACGGUGAAAGAGAAAACAGUGUUAAUGAGUGUACCUCAAUCCCAUCAUGGCACAGCUGGCAACCAUUAUACACUUUUUGAGAUGGGGGGUUUCCUUUGCCUUAUAACUCGAGUUUCAUGGGCAAAAGCUGCAAAAACUGACAUUUGGAGGCUGACAGACUUUGACAAGAUGAUAUGGCAAAAGUUUCAAUCGAUUACAAUUCCAAGGUGGUACCUUGAUAAAGGAUACACAGCUGCUAGUCUAUACCCUAUCUGUGGGGUUGUAGGAAACAGAUUUGUCAUCUUCAAGUCUUCUAGCAUCCUGCCGACCCAUCGUCGCCGGUCAAUCGCCGCCGGUCCAUCGCCGCUCCACACCCUCCCAUUGGCGCAACUCUAUUCUCCACUUGAAGUCAAACAGGUACUCCAUACUCGCAUGAUUAGAUUAGUCAAUCGAUUGAGUGACUCAACUUCGUUUUCUAGGUCGGCGGUCCAUCGUCGUCGGUCCAUCGUCCUCCACACCCUCCCAUUGACGCACAUCUGUUCUCCACUCGAAGUCAAACAGGUGAAUGGUUUGUGGAAAACGAAAACCCAGAACAUGACAAGCUUAUGCAAAGUAGCAAAGGAGUUGAAAGAUAAGUUUGCAUCUUUCCAGAUCUGUCAUGUUGAAAGGGAGUUCAACAUUGAAGCUGAUCGAUGCUCAAGCGAACCUGGGAGUACAUCUCCAGCACCUAAAGGAGGAUAUGAGGUUGAGUUAUUUGGCACAAGAGCUAAUAUCAACGGAUCGAUUAGCCCUAAAUCACGGUGUGCAAUGGGAAAUUGCUUUAGUAUGCAAAAAGACCACGAAACUGCUCUCAAGAACUUUCAACGUGCAGUACAACUGAAUUCAAGAAUUGCAUAUACGUACCAGAAGGUUCACUGA